CUCAACUCUUGCUUCGCUGGUCUGCCAUGACUUCUAAGUCUCGGCUCGAUUUUUGUCAAGCUAGACGGCAAUGGGUCUAUCAACACGUAUAAAGUGCUGCAUCUAGGACGUAGUGACCACCGAGCGAGUAUCCACUCGGAGCCAGUAGUUAGCUCGCCUGCUACCGUACACCGUACGACCGCGCAGCUCAAGAUGCAGCUCAGCACUCUUCUCCGUGCUGCUUUCUCCUUAACAUUCUUAGCCCAUCAAUCUUUCGCUGUUCCUGUUUCAUCCAGUGUGCCAUCCCUGUCAGGGGCACCGACGGAGAGCAGAACACGUACGUUAUCUUUUAGUCGAAUGCGAGCACUUCGUAUUACUUAGCCCUCAGCUCUGACCGUGUUCCGCGUAUGGCCUCACGGAUGCGAACUGGUAAUCUCCCGCUCGAUAUCGAGAUCCCCCUCGACUCGUUCCAUCAGGUCGCCUCCCAGGCAAUCUCUGAGACCGCGGGCGUACUCCAUCCCGCGGGCGCGAUCGUCAAGAAAGACCCGUAAGAUGUUCACGUCGAGCGCAACAAACCUGCGCUUCUCUCCCGAGCCUCGACGCUGGUGUCUUAGUCGGAGGAAAGGGUGACCUCGUCUCAUUCAACCUUGGAGAACACUCGAUCAACCUAUCGACGUCAAUGCUGCGAGUAGCAAUGCACUGGAUGGACAGACAAUCACCCUCUUUUCUGCUGAUCUCGGACUUUGUCGAGAUUACGAAUCGGCUUCACUGGUCGAGAGCUGAUUCUGUCAACGCAUGCAUUUCCCCGAAAUAUUGACCUGCUCCACAAGCUGUUCAUUACCGCUCUACGGGGCAAUGAGGCGACGAGCGGGGCCGAAUAACACCAACACGCAGGCGAGUGGCAAAUGUCGAACUGCAUACAACGACCCUGUUUACGUGGGCUUGGCUCGUUCUUGGCUCACGUUCUGGGGGACUUUUCCGCACUGGUCAGCCUACGCGACGCAGUCUAUCGCCGACGCUCGAGGGUCGAGGAAGCAAAGGCUAUAAGGACGCGUCGAGCAAGCGAAGGCGCCCCCGCUUUCAUUCUUUCCCCACUACCUCGAUAUCCUUGCUUGCUUCUCCACCAUGCACCUCAACGCUCGUUCCCUCACGCUCCUUUCCUUUAUCCUCGCCGCGCAGCAGGCUCUCGCUGCUCCUCUCCCCUGUAACGACGCAGCUAGCUGCCAAAUCGGCAGCGGCAUCAAAGAAGGCGACCUCGACCACCUCCCCACCGACAACACCUAUGCCCUCCAGGCUCUCGCUCGGUCUCUUGCAGAGCAGCACAGCGCCCCAGACGACCUCGACGGCGUCGAGGACUGGCGCGACUUCGCCAACAAGCGCGGGCUCUUCCGCCGGCAAGACGACGGCGACGACGGCGGCAGCGUGACCGAGGGCUCGGUGUCACAGGUCCCGUCCGGUCAGACCGGCUCGUACGAAACUGCACAGCGCCGCCGUCGCGCCGCGUUGGACAGCGCAGUGAAGCCGCUUGCAGACCUCGCGGACCUCAAGAACCUGCCAGAGGGCGCCAUCGACAAGGGCCCCCUCGGUCGUCGUCAAGAUGAUGGCGGAGACGAUGACAACAACUCCGAGUCCGGAACAAACGAGACAGGCGAGUACGAUGGCGCGCGCCGUCGCCGUGCCCUCGCUGCGAGUAGCGUGGCCUCCUCGUUCAACAACGUCGCCAGCUCGGACGUCACGAGAGUCGAGCCGCAUGUUGGCAGCCGUGAUGAGGGCAGCAUCGCCAGCAGCAGCGCACAUACCUACUUGUCAUCGAGCUAUGCCCCGACCAGGGCAGACGGCAACGCGCGCCGGGCGUUAGCCACUGGCCAACUGGACGAGUCUCUCGCUGCCCUCUCCAAUCCGGAGCUAAAAGACAUCCACUCCCAGCUUCCUCGCCAAGACGACGGCAACGACACCGACACCAACUCGGAGUCUGGCACCGACGAGACGGGGGAGUACGAUGGCGCGCGCCGUGACCUGUCUCGCAUCAACUCGCAGCUCGCCGACCUCUCCCAACCGGAACUCAAAGAUGUCAAGUCACAGCUCAACCGCCGCGACGACGGGGACACCAACUCGGAAUCUGGCACCGACGACUCUGGCGCACCCGCCGCCGCGCGCCGUGCCCUGUCCUCCAUUAACAGUAACUCUCUCGCCGCCUCUGCCCCCGUUAAUUCAGAGCUGGAGGCCAUCAGCUCCGACCCCCCGCUCCGCCGCCGCGACGACGGCCCCAGCGACGGCGAAUCAGACGCCAGCACCGACAGCGGCUCAGAGUCCGACGACGACGGCAGCGACACCGAUCAUGACUCGCAGUCCGGCGGCAAGGGCAAGGGCAAGGCCGGCGGCGCAUACGUCCCUUCCCGCCGCGCCAUCCGCGCCCUGCGCGCCGGGCGUGCCCCCAAGCGCUCCCUGCGCCGUCGUGCUGGUGCAAUCCCCGACGCUGCCACCCUGAACCCCGACGCAGAGCUUGCCGCUGCCGCCAUGCUCGACUUGAAGGAUGUAGAGCAGCGAGACCUCGCUGGUGAUAUCAAGCCAGUCAUGCAGAUGACCAAGCCGACUACGGAAGCGGUCAAGAAGGGCGCCAAGACCGCUGCUUCUAAUGCCAAAGCCCCGAAGGCAGCGGUUCAAGCUGGUGCAGGUGGUGUUGGCGGCGCAAAGGUUUCGACUAGACGUCACUUCGACCUUGACUAAGAGAUCAAUUUUCUUUCUUUCUUGAGAAUGACACGUGGGAUUCAUCUAGUUUUGAUACCAUACACCAGCGUACCACACUCGUUUUCGUAGUCCGAUACGAUACCCUCCAUCUAUCAUAGUACAGUCGAUUGACUUAAUUUCGUUAAUGAACGUUUUCUUCAGC